AUGGCAGAGUCAAUGGCAGCAUCAGGUGAGGGGCAUGUGAUGCAGGUGGUGGUUGCAUCGACUGCACACAUGAAGGUGGCAGCCGUGCAGAAACUGCUGGCUGAGGAGUCUGCCAACGUUCAAGGGGUGAAGGCAGCGAGUGGUGUAAACGACCAGCCAUUUGGCCACGAGGAGACGAUCCGGGGUGCAUUGAACCGACUUGCGGAUGCCAAGUUGAAAGCACCAUCCGCUGAUUUAUACGUCUCUAUGGAGAAUGGCUUGUUUGAGGUGCCUGGCGAUGGCCACGAGAUGCUGUGCUUUGAUUUGGCCUGGGUUGCUAUCGAGGAUGCGAGAGGGCAAAGAUCCCUGGCUCACUCGGCGGGGGUGGAGAUGCCCGGCGUAGCAGUAUCGGCUGCCAAAGCGAGCUGCUUCUCCAAAACUGCGGGAAGUGAGGUUGCAAGAGCUGCAAAUCAGUCGCCUUCGAGUGACCCGGUGGACCCGCAGGAUCCGCACGCCUACCUCACCAAUGGCCUGUGCUCGCGGGAGGAACUGCUUCUGAGUGCCUUGCGAAUAGCGUUGGGGCAGAUGAAGCAGAAAGCAACAGCCUAG